UGGAACAAUGGAUUCCAUUAUGUAGUCCACACUGAAUCCUAUAAAUAACACAAAACCCUAGCCUGGUAUUUGCGGUGAGGAAGAGGCGGAGGCAGCCAAAGUAACACAGCUCUAUACCGAUCUUCUUCUUACAAGAUGGCUUACAAUGCGAUGAAACCCACAAAACCGGGUCUCGAGGAUUCGAGGGACCAGGAGCAUCGCAUCAGGAUCACUCUGUCUUCUAAGAAUGUGAAGAAUCUUGAGAAGGUGUGUGCGGAUCUGGUGAGGGGAGCAAAGGAUAAAAAGCUUAGGGUUAAGGGACCUGUCAGGAUGCCUACCAAGGUUCUUAAUAUCACGACCAGAAAGUCUCCCUGUGGUGAAGGUACCAACACCUGGGAUCGGUUUGAACUUCGAGUACACAAGAGGCUAAUUGACCUUGUCAGCUCUUCUGAAGUGGUGAAGCAGAUUACCUCAAUCACCAUUGAACCUGGUGUUGAGGUUGAGGUCACCAUUGCUGAUCCGUAAUUAUACUUGGGACUUCCGUUCAUAAAAGUGGCCGUCUUUUCCUUCAUUGUUUUACUAAACUCACUUUCCAAUGUCUUAAUGAAUGUUAUUUUGUAGUUUGAAGAUGAAAUUUUGGAUCAUUUGCUAGAUUUUUUUUUUAAAUUAAAAAAAAAAACACCCGGCAUUAAUUGUGAUUCAAGUCUAUGAAGAUGGCCAAGUGAGUUUACGUGGUUCAAAAAUCCAUUUAUUGGA